AAUGCAAACCCUGCUGGGCGCGCGCUGAUUGGACAGACGCUUCUUUCUGCUGGAGACAGUGUCCUGGAUCCCGAACCGAGCCCGAGCGCUCGGGCUUUCACUGGUGGAUCUGCGUGGGACAUGGCGGAGUUGAGCGCAGUCCGACACGAACUUAGAACCAGCGAUCUGAGCAGUUCAGAGCUGCAAAAAGAUGAGCAACAGAAACUGGCCGUGCCCUUCUGUGGCGGCAUCCGGGGUGCAAUGAGACCGGGGAAGAAAAUCACAAUCAUGGGCGUCGUGAAUGCAGAUCCGGACAGUUUUGACAUCAGUCUGACGUGCGGCUGCGGGGACGUUGCUCUGGAUAUGUGCGUGCGGUUCGAAGACCGGGAGAUUUUGCGAAACGCCUGUGUUUCUGACAGCUGGGGCGAGGAGGAGAGGUCAAUACCCUACUUCCCCUUCAUCGCAGAGCAGCCUUUCAGGCUUGAGAUUCAUUGCGAUCACCCGCGCUUCCGUGUGCUUGUGGACGGCCAUCAGCUCUUUGACUUCUACCACCGCGUGACGCCGCUGACAGCCAUCGACAGCAUCCAGAUCAGCGGCAGUCUGACCAUCACCAAGCUCAACUGACGUCUGCUGCGUGUCCGUUCUGAGCACUAAAGACUGUCUGUCAUGCCGAAGGAUGCUCCAGAAUCAUCUAGAACUGAUGAAUUGAUGCAUUUUGAGCUAUAAGGAGACAUUUAUUUUUAUGAGCAUCACAAGUAGCAUUUUAGCAGAAGUCAACAUGAAAUGCCAUUCGCAUCCAAUUUAGUUCGUUUUUCUGAGUGCAACAAGAUUUUCAAAUAGGGUUGGAUUUGAUUUUGAUGUAUUUUUGUAGUUCAACCCAUAAGUUCGCAUCCUUCUGGACUCAAUAGGAUUUUCCAUUGGCUUUUGGAUUUUUGCAGGAAAAAAGCUCUGUGACCAAGAUCUUUCACUCAUUUUGUUAAUCUUCACAAUCAAUUUUGAAUACUGAACAUAAUCACCAAACGUAAAAAACGAAAUGUAAACAAACUACAACAAGAUCAUGUAACUUCAACAUCACCAUCAGCUUAUUUAAAAACGUUUUCGCUGAACGUUCAAAUAGUUUGCACGAGCACGAUUAUAAGCACAAUGAGGCUGUGAAAGCGACUAGUGAGUAGUGAGUUUAACCUCUGUGGUUAAAUGUAUUCACUUGUUAGCAAUUGUGAUAAAAUGUAAAAAUAUUGUGAGCUUGUGUUCACCAAAGAGCUUAUUUCAGGAAUUGCACCCAAAAACCCUUCAGAAAACCAGCUCUGGACUUCAGUGCUAAAAUGCCACUUGUUUUGAACUACAGAAAUGUGCAGUGCACUAUUAAGUGAAUUUCAGAGGUGAAUUACAAAAUAUUAAACAUGUAUUAAAAAAUAAUAUUAAAUACAAGACCAAGAGCAUGCAUUGAGAAAGUAAAAAGGGUCUGUUUGCAUUCCAUGUUGACUUUAUGGCAUUAAAGUGGAGAUGACAGAAAUGAAGAAAUGUAAGAUGAAUGUUGCAUCUAACAACAGCGUUUAACAAUCUACAGCUUCAGUGAAUAGCGAUAUAUGAACGUACUGCCUGAAUGUGUAACUCUCCAGCUAAUGUACUCCAGUGGAAACCCCAGAGAGGAUUGUUUAUUUCCUAAACAUGUGUAAAGAACAUAAAAAGGGUGAUCUGAGAGUUGCAUCUGUCUUACAGCAAUAGUGAUCUUUCCAUUGACAAGCACUUAAACAUACUGUGUUUACGAGACGGCGUGAUGAGCCACUGAUGAUGUGAACUUCAUUUAGGUGCUUUGGUUACUUGAGACCAGCAGAAAAUCAGGGAGAAAAUCGUUGCAUUCCAGUGCUUUCUGUGUAUUUAUUGUCUUUAAACAAGGUGUGUCACGUCAACCUCUUCUUGAUUGUACACACAUUGUUUCUAAUUAAUAAAGGCUUCUAAUUAAUGAAA